CUUCAUUGAGUUCAUGCACCAUGUGGCCUACAGGCUAAUUUCGUUCCUGAAAAUUGAUAUUAUUUUUAUUUAUUUAUUUUAUUUUUUGUAGGGAAUGACACUCUUAACAUUGACUGCUUCUGUCAAUGGACUAAAACCAUCAUGUGAUAAGGAUGUUUGCCACCCAACAGCAUCACAAACUGCAGCAUGCUUUGUAGCACUGUACUUAAUUGCUCUGGGAACUGGUGGAAUUAAGCCAUGUGUCUCGUCAUUUGGUGCAGAUCAAUUUGAUGAAACUAAUGAAAAAGAGAGGAAAAAAAAGAGCUCUUUUUUCAAUUGGUUCUACUUUUCAAUCAAUGUGGGUGCACUGAUUGCUUCCUCAGUUUUGGUCUAUAUACAAAUGAAUGUGGGUUGGGGCUGGGGAUUUGGAGUCCCAGCAGUUGCUAUGGCCAUUGCAAUUAUGUUUUUCUUCUCAGGUAGCCGUUUUUACCGGCUCCAAAGACCUGGAGGCAGUCCCUUGACACGAAUUUCUCAGGUCCUGAUUGCAUCCAUCAGAAAAUAUAAUGUACAAGUACCUGCAGAUAAGUCUCAUCUCUAUGAGACAGCAGACAAAGAAAGUAAUAUUAAAGGAAGCCGCAAGCUUGACCACACGGAAGUGUUAAGGUUUUUUGACAAGGCUGCUGUGGAAACUGAAACUGACCAGGUCAAGGGUUUGGCAAAUCCAUGGAGUCUCUGCACUGUUACCCAAGUUGAGGAGCUGAAGGCCAUCAUCCGAUUGCUGCCAGUAUGGGCAUCUGGAAUAGUUUUUGCUGCUGUAUACAGUCAAAUGAACACCAUGUUCGUUCUACAAGGCAACACCAUGGACCAACACAUGGGGCCGAACUUCAAGAUUCCAUCAGCAUCCCUAUCUCUCUUUGAUACUCUGAGUGUCCUCUUCUGGGCACUGGUAUAUGACCGAGCAAUUGUCCCAUUUGCAAGAAAGUUCACCGGCCAUGAAAGGGGCUUCACUCAACUCCAACGGAUGGGCAUUGGUCUUGUCAUUUCUAUUUUUGCUAUGGUUGUUGCUGGCAUUUUGGAAGUCAUUCGGCUUGACUAUGUGAGGAAGAACAACUACUAUGAUCUAGAGACCAUUCCUAUGUCAAUCUUCUGGCAAGUCCCACAAUAUUUUCUAGUGGGAUGUGCAGAAGUUUUCAUUAACAUUGGGCAGCUAGAGUUCUUCUAUGACCAGGCACCUGAUGCAAUGAGAAGCUUGUGCUCAGCUCUCUCACUUACAACUAUUGCCUUGGGAAAUUACUUGAGCACUCUGCUUGUUACAAUUGUGACCAAGGUGACCACGAAACACGGGGAAGGCGGUUGGAUUCCAGCUAAUAUGAACAGGGGUCAUCUUGACUAUUUCUACUGGCUGUUGGCCAUCCUCAGCGUGCUUAAUUUCAUUGUUUAUAUUUGGAUCGCAAAGAGUUACACCUACAAGAAGGCAAUUGGAAAACCUCAGUGACCCACCCAUUUUUUUAAUUUUUCUGCUGUUGAAUAUGAUUUUAUGGGUGUAAUUAGUUGUCAGGUUAUGACUCUCCAAAGUUGAACCUGUUGCAUGACGAAUGAUUGUGCUAAGAUUUUAUCGUCAAAUUCAAUGAGUAUGUCCAGAUAGAAUAAGCUCGCAUU